AUGACUGGUGCAACAGUUGCAUUGUUGACUACUUGGAAAUGUAAAUUAGAGCAUUUGCAGAAAAAAGGCGGUAUGGUUGAUGAGCCUACAAUGCACCAAAACCAUGCUGAUGCUAUUGAUGCAAGAAUUCAAUGGAGUGACUUAGAAAAUUUAUUUCUUGAAGAUGCAAAAGUGAUGUUGAUUGAUCGUUUAGAGAAUGAAUUAAGCAAAAAAAGCGCUAUUAAACUUAAUACAAUUUUGGCUUGUAAUUUUCAAAUUGUUAAACAAGAAGAAAUAGAAAUUGAGACAAAAUAUUUUAGUGAUGGAUGUAUGGAAAUAUUGCAAUCAUCAAAUCUUGAUGAUAUUUUAUCAAAUAACUUUGAGAUACUUAAAGCUGAUUUGGAAGAGAAAGAAAUGCGUGGUUCAGGUUGGACCUUGCAUGAAAUUCUACAUUUGGAAAUAAAUAUAAACGACUAUGUACCUUUACGUGGUGGUUCAUCAACUUUUAUUGAAAUGCCUGAUUGGAUUAUAAAAACAAAAUCAGUUGUAAACGUUAUAAACUAUAAAGAUAAUAAUUGCUUUAUUUGGAGUGUGUUAGCUGCCAUGCACAAGGUUCCACAUCCAAACAGAGUCAGCUCAUAUGAAAGAUACAAGAAUGAUUUAAAUCUAGCUGGAAUAACUUUUCCAAUGAGUUGGUGUAAAAUCAAACAAUUUGAAAAAAAUAACAAUUUGAGAAUAAAUGUAUAUGGUAUUGAUAACACUGAUGAUUUAGAUGAUGAAUCCAAUGAUGAAGAAGGUGAUAGCGUUGAUGAUUCAAAUGGUACAAAUAAGAAAAAAAAAAAGAGACGUCUAGAAAGGAUUGUUCCAUAUUAUUUGAGUAAUAAUGACGCAUCAAAUCAUCCAACAAUUCAUCUUUUAAUUAUUGAAAAGCCUGAGAAAAAAGUUGAGGGAUUUCAAGAUGAAUCAGCAGAUGAAGAUGAUGAAGAAGAAGAAGAAGAUGAAGAUGAUGAAGAUUAUGAUGAGUAUGAUUUUAAUAAUAUUACAAAUAAAAGAAAACUUGGUGAAUUCUCAAACCAUCACUUUGCCUACAUUAAAAAUUUAUCUAGGUUAAUUAGUGCACAAGUUUCAGCAUAUAAUGGUAAAAAAUUUAUAUGUGAUCGUUGUUUAUCAUAUUUCCAUUCUCAAAAAUCAAUUGAUUCUCACAAUCCUGCAUGUAGAGAAAAAAACCAAUAUGCAAUGGUGAUGCCAACAGAAAAAAACAAUAUUUUAAAGUUUACAAAUUACAAAUACCAGCUUCGAGUGCCUUAUGUAGUAUAUGCUGACCUGGAAAGUAUAUUAGAAAAAGUAACAGAUAAUUCUAAUAAUUCAUUGAAAAAAACAAUUAAACAAAAACAUAUUCCAAGCAGUGUAGCAUAUUAUGUUAAAUGUUCUUAUGAUAAUACGCUCUCUAAAUUUAAAUUAAAAAGAGACAAAAAUUGCAUUGAAUGGUUUAUUAAGGAACUUGAAGAGCUGUCACACAAUGUUGAUAAUAUACUUGAAAAUAUCAAACCGAUGAAUCUUACUUUUGAUGAAGAAUUGCAAUUUUUUAAUGCAACAAAGUGCCAUAUAUGUAAAAAAUUGUUCACAGCAGAAAACAUUAAGGCACGUGAUCACUGUCAUCUCAGCGGGGUGUAUAGGGGGCCGGCUCAUGUUGCAUGCAACCUAAAUUAUCAGACAUCUUGCAUAAUAGCUGUGGUAUUUCAUGGUCUCAGUAAUUAUGAUAGCCAUUUUCUAAUUAAAGCAUUAAAAAAACAAUUUCCAGGUGAUAUUGAUCUUUUGGCUUUAAAUAAGGAAAGUUACAUAAGCUUCACUAAACGUGUUAAAGGUACUAGAAUUAAAUUACGUUUUAUAGACUCUUAUAAAUUCAUGGCUAGCUCAAUAAGUACACUCGCUAAUGAAUUAGAUGAUAAUGAUAAAAGUAUAAGUCGUAGUUAUUGCGACAAUUUAGAAGAAUUCAAAUUAAUAACAAAAAAAGGUAUAUUUCCAUAUGAUUAUAUUGAUUGUUGGGAAAAAUUUGAUGAAGAACAAUUGCCCUCAAAACUUGAUUUUUAUUCUCAACUUAAUGAAGAGCAUGUGAGUGAUGAUGAUUAUGCUCAUGCUUGCAAUGUAUGGAGAGUAUUUAAAUUAAAAAAUCUGGGAGAAUACUCAGAUUUAUAUCUCCGUACAGAUGUUCUUCUUUUAGCUGAUAUAUUUGAAAAUUUUAGAUAUUUUUGUUUGAAAACCUAUGAUUUAGAUCCAGCUCAUUAUUACACACUCCCAGGGUUGAGUUUUAACGCGAUGCUAAAAUAUACAGAGAUUGAGUUGGAAUUAUUAUUAGAUGCUGAUAAAUUAUUGUUUAUUGAGGGAGGUAUUAGAGGUGGUUUAUCACAAUGCUCACAUCGUCAUGUCAUUGCAAAUAAUAAGUAUAUGAAAGAAUACAAUCCAAAUAUUAGAGAUUCAUAUUUAAUGUACUUUGAUGUUAACAAUUUAUAUGGUUAUGCAAUGGCUUCUACACUACCAGUAGAGUCAACACGUUCACAGAGAAUAAUUAAAUUAGUAUCAAGAUAUGGCGGUCGAGGUGGAGCAAGAGCUUUAAUAUCAAAACCUAAUUUUCACAGCUCUUAA